AUGCACCAAGCAAGUCCAAAGAUCCACACUGGCCUAGAUACUCGAGCCAGUGGUCCUAUCGGAGGAGUGGGUGAAGGAAGUGGCCGAGGUGAUAUUGGGGGUAGCGUAGGUGGUGGUGGCCACACAAUGAAUCUCCUAGACAAGUUGAACACCAUGUCGCGUGUACGUCGACGCAAACAGGAAGCCGAAGCUGCCCUUGUUGAUUGUGCAGUGCCUGAAAAACUGGAGGCCUUUCAGCAAGUUCUUUUACAAUUUGCCAACUCACAUCUUGGGAAAUUGAAUAUUCAUGUCACUGAUUUGCAAAAAGAGAUGAACGACGGGGUGUAUUUCCUUUUGCUGUUGGGACUUCUAGGGGGUUACUUCAUACCCCUCCAUCGUUUUCAUCUCACACCGCGUACCGAUGAGCAGAAGUUGGCCAACCUUCAACUGGUCGCCCAACUCGUGCAAGAAGUUGAAGGGAUUGAACCGGGCCCUAAUACCCGUCCAGAUGAUAUUUUACGUCGGGAUCUCAAAGCCAUUCUUCGAUUCCUCUAUGCGCUUUAUACGCGCUACAAGGAUAUCGAGUAG